AUGACAGAACACUGCGGCCAAACACAAAGCCCAACAGAUCACCUCCGUCGGUGGAUUGAGGAACGGGACGCUCAGAUCCAUGGACAUACACAAACCCUCCAGACCCCUGAGUCUGCCCUAUGCCAUCCAGAGACCCCUGAGCAUAAACUUAAGUUGGCUUCAGAGUUCGGAGUUGGUGAAGAUGUGCCUCCAAUAGCCUCUCAGCAGGGUCCACAAACCACCAAGACCUCUCUACAGACGCUUCAAACCACCUCUGAGACUGAACAUGAGCCUCCAUGGGUGGAGCCACAGUCGGUGGCCUCCCCAGUUCCUGAGGUAGAGCCACAGUCGGUGGUGUCUCCUGUUCCUGAGGUGGAGUCACAGUCGGUGGCCUCCCCAGUUCCUGAGGCGGAACCACAGUCGGUGGUUUCUCAUGUUCCGGAUGUGGAGCCACUGUCGGUGGUCUCUCCUGUUCCAGAUGUGGAGCCGCGGUUGGCGGGCUCCUCAGUUCCUUGCCCGCUACACUCCGCCCCGCUACGCUCCAACCCACUACGCUCCAGCCCGCUACACUCCGCCCCGCUACACUCCACCCCGCUACGCUCCAGCCCGCUACACUCCGCCCCGCUACACUCCACCCCGCUACGCUCCAGCCCGCUACACUCCGCCCCGCUACACUCCACCCCCCUACGCUCCAACCCGCUACACUCCGCCCCGCUACGCUCCAACCCACUACACUCCGCCCCGCUACGCUCCAACCCACUACACUCCACCCCGCUACACUCCACCCUGCUACACUCCACCCCCCUACGCUCCAACCCGCUACACUCCACCCUGCUACACUCCGCUCCGCUAUGCCCCAACCCACUACACUCCGCCCCGCUACACUCCACCCUGCUACGCUCCAACCCGCUACACUCCACCCGCUACACUCCACCCUGCUACGCUCAAACCUGCUACACUCAAACCUGCUACACUCCACCCCGCUACACUCCACCCUGCUACACUCCAACCCACUAUACUCCACCCCGCUACACUCCAGCCCGCUACGCUCCAACCCGCUACACUCCACCCCGCUACACUCCACCCUGCUACACUCCGCCCCGCUAUGCUCCAACCCACUACACUCUGCACCGCUACGCUCCAACCCACUACACUCCACCCCGCUACACUCCACCCUGCUACACUCCGCCCCGCUACGCUCCAACCCACUACACUCCGCCCCGCUACACUCCACCCCGCUACGCUCCAACCCGCUACACUUCGGCCCACUACGCUCCAACCCACUACACUCCGCCCCGCUACACUCCACCCUGCUACGCUCCAGCCCGCUACACUCCGCCCCGCUACACCCCGCCCAGCUACAACCCCGCCCUGCUACACCUCGCUACACCCCGCCCAGCUACAACCCAGCCCUGCUACACUCCGCCCCGCUACACCCCGCCCUGCUACACUCUGCCCUGCUACACCCCGCCCAGCUACAACCCAGCCCUGCUACACUCCGCCCCGCUACACCCCGCCCAGCUACACCCCGCCCUGCUACACUCCGCCCCACUACACUUUGCCCUGCUACACUCCACCCUGCUACACUCCGCCAAGCUACACCCCGCCCUAUGGAACCACAUUCCUGAGGUGGAACCACAGCCGGUGGUGUCACCUGUUCCUGAGGUGGAGCCACAGUCAGUGGUCUCCCCAGUUCCUGAGUUGGAGCCACAGUCGGUGGCCUCCCCAGUUCCUGAGGUGGAACCACAGCCGGUGGUGUCACCUGUUCCUGAGGUGGAGCCACAGUCGGUGGUCUCCCCAGUUCCUGAGUUGGAGCCACAGUCGGUGGCCUCCCCUGUUCCAGAUGUGGAGCCGCGGUCGGCGGGCUCCUCAGUUCCUGUCCAGGAGCAGCAGGUGGCGGACUCCUGUGGGCCUGUUCCUGGGACUCG